AGCAACAAAUCCCCCGGAGAACCUGGACAAGCUGCGCCAGCGUCCACGCAAGCGUCCGGAUUGGUCAGCGUUGAUGAAGGACUUGGAGUCGAAGGCGACCAAAGACAAGCUUCGGAAAGUGGUUACUAAUGACAGAAGCCAGCCCCUGUUGCCUCGGAUGAAGUCCAAAGGACAGUUUGUGUACGAUUCAGAGAAGCCGAAUCUUCAUCAUCAGCUACUCAAUGAGAUUCAGAGGGGCGUGAAUCUGAAAAGGGUCAAGCACAUAAGCGACAGAAGCCGGCCACUACUGGAAGGCUUGAAGAAAUUCCGACGACAGCUGACGAUCGAAGAGCAACAAAAGGUGGAAGAAACCCCUCCGGAGCCCAUCGACGAGGACCUGGACGACAUCGACAAACUCCGAGACGACUUGCAAGCAACCAAGCAGCUCCUGGAAAUCGAGCUCAGGAACAAACACGUGGAAAAGGAGCUGAAUGAGAAGCUCCAGUCCAAACUCGAGCAGAUGGAAACUGAGUUGAAAACCCUGAAAACGUCCCUGAAGGAGACCCAGAAACAGAACCAGGAGUUGAGUGAGCAAUUGGCGACGCGCAAGGACAGCGUGGAUUUGAAGCCCCUGAAAAGGCUGCCUCUGGAGCCCAGUUUCUCCUUUGCGGAUCUCAAGAAAGAUCUGAGCAAAGCCAAUCUGACUCGGAAUGAUUCCGUCAUAUUCAACGAAAUUGAUGCCUUUGAGGAGGAAUACAACAAUUUGCAGUCUCGCUUGGCUCAAGCCCAAAAGGAGUCCCAAACCUGGAGAAGCAAGUUUGAGAAAGCAUCCAAGGAGCUGCAGGAAGCCAAUGCCAAACUCAACCCUUCCCAGGACCAAAAACCUGUUCCAAAAUUUGUACCUUCUCCAGAGUCAAGCUCAGAAGAAGAAGAGUCCAGUACAGAGGAAGAAGAAGACGAGGAAGAAGAAGAAGAGGAAGAAGAAGAGGAAUCCGAGUCAGAAGCAGACGAGGACAAGAAAGAACUCCGGUCCCUGGAGUCGAAGUUGAGAAGCACUCAAGAACGAGCCAAGGCUGCUCGGUCAGAGAAGAAAAGCCUGAGGAAAUCCAUCAAAGACCUGGAAAAGAGCAUCAAAAGCGAAAAGGAAAACUACUCGAGACUCAAGCAAGACGUGGACAAGAUGGCCAGACUCAUGUCCACCGACGACUGCACUUCCGAAGACACUCUGGACUCGUCCGAGUCUUCCUCUUCCGACUCCGAGUCUUCCAGUGAUGCGGACACGGAACUCGAGUUGGAUCCCACUUUGGGCAGUCGUCUGCAACUCGACAACCUAAACGUCGAAACCAGAUAUGCAAAGAUAAACUCCUGCAUCAAGAAGCUGCAAGAAGACUUGAACAGGACCAAGCGGUGUAACCACUUGCUCAAAUCCAACGCAGACAAACUCCAGCAAGACUACGAAAGCGAAAAGGCCAAAUACAAGCAACUGGAGCAAGAACUCAAUCAUGUUCUCGCGGAACUCGGCUGAAAAGCACACCUUCUUUUUGUUUUGUUUUGUUUUUUUCCUUUCUAGCUGACAACCAGUUGUCGGCGAAAAAAAGAAACUUCUUUUUUUUUCGCAAACAACCCUAGGGCACGUGUUUAGCAUAUUUUCGUUAGGUUUGUAUUUUUUCUCUAUAUAUGGACCAUUGCUCUAAAAACACUCCUCUUCUCUUCUGCUUGUAACAACGACGACAUCUUAGCAACAAUUGCGGCAAUAAUUAAAGCUGUGUUUUUACGAAAA